UCGGUUUUCUUCUUACACUGAUAUUAAUUUUUAUUGUAAAUAUAGAUGAUUGCGAUAUGAAAUAGGAAUAAAAUUUAAGAGACAAUUUGAAAAUUUAAGAUAGUUAUUCAUAGUAAUUAAGAUUGAAUAUUUAACAAAAUAAUUUGUAUGGUGCUGACCUUGUUUAAAACUUUUGGAAUAAAUUAUAUGCCUAACUUUUUCCACAAAGUACUAAAUUAAUUGGUGAAAGAGAUCAAGAGAACCAAACCUAAACAAGAUGGUGGGGAUCGCUAUCCAUAUGUGUAUUUUUAGAAAUAAUUAAUUAAAAUGUAUGAUGUCUAAUUAAAUAAUUGAACAUGAAGGGCCAAUGCGUUUGUGUAGAGGCUGAAAAUUGGUAGGUAAACAGACUUGUGGUCCGUUAUUUAAAGGCACCUGUUCAUCACUUUCUAGUUACUAUUAAUAGAUAUAUAUUCUUAUAUAGAUUUAUAUACUUUCCCCAUAACAUUUCCUCCCCCAUAACGUUUUGUUUAUUAAAUAUUCUUAAUUAAUACUCUAGAUUAUUCAUGAUAAAACUCUGAGAAAAUUAAGAAAAAUGAUAGAUAAUUUAUGUUGCCUUUAGUAACGCUUUAUGAUAAAUCUAAAAUACUAUGCCGACUGAACUAAUGAUACGAGACGACACACGAGAGCACUAAUGAAGGAAACUUUCAACGUAUAAUAUUAAAUUUAUACAUGGUAUGAUAAGGGUACCAAAUAUAAAAUCAUUCAACUUUUUGGGAACUUUUCUCUUAGUGGGACGAAUAGUAGCAAGUGCCAAGUGGGAUGCUCAUUUGGUCAACCUUUGCAAGUAAGAAAAAUAAAAAUAAAAAUAUAAAAGAGAGAAAAUUGUGCCAUAAAUAAUUUCUCACAUUAUUCUUUUCAGAAAAAGAAUUACCAAGAAAAUACAUUCAUCCCUUUGAUUAAUAAUUAUUAGCUAUCCACCCACUCAUCAAAUUAUAAAAAUAAAAUAAACGAAAAAAAUACUUCUCUUCUCCCUUCUUAAGAAGCCUCUUGGCAUCAUCUCCUCCCAUUAUCUUCUAAACUUCAUCAAAAAAGUUCUCCUUAAGUCUCACCUCUCGAAAUCUUGAACAUUGGUAAAAUCAUAUAUUCCAUAAGAUUUGUUCCAGAUGGGUUUCGAUGAUUCAUGCAACACAGGUCUUGUUCUUGGAUUAGGUCUCUCACCAAGUUCAAACAAUUACAAUAAUACCAUCAAACGUUCCUCCGGCUACAAGUCCGACCCAUCGUUGACUCUAAGCCUCUCCGGCGAUCCAUCAAUGAUGGUGGUCGCCGGAGCUGACCUGCUCUGCCGUCAGACUUCAUCUCACAGCGGAGUCUCUUCUUUCUCAACCGGAAGAGUAGUGAAGAGAGAGAGAGACGGCUGCGAAGAGUCGCAGGAGGAGGAGGAGAAGGAGAAGACGGAGAGACUUAUAAGUGACUACCAUGAAGAUGAAGAAGGUGUUAGUGCUAGAAAAAAACUUAGGCUUACCAAAGAGCAAUCUGCUCUUCUUGAGGAAAGCUUCAAGCACCAUAGCACCCUUAAUCCCAAGCAAAAACAAGAUCUGGCAAGACAGCUGAAUCUUAGGCCUAGACAAGUUGAAGUAUGGUUCCAAAAUAGAAGAGCCAGAACAAAGCUAAAGCAAACAGAAGUAGAUUGUGAGUUUUUGAAGAAAUGUUGUGAAACAUUAACAGAUGAGAACAUAAGACUUCAGAAAGAGAUUCAAGAACUCAAAACCCUAAAAUUGACUCAUCCCCCCUUUUACAUGCACAUGCCUGCAUCUACUCUCACGAUGUGUCCUUCAUGUGAAAGAAUCGGUGGCAGAAGCGGCGGCGAAAGCGGAGGAAAAGGUGUCGGAGGCGGCAGCAGCGUGGCUACCACGGUGGUUGUGGAUGGAGGUACGACGAAGGGAGCUUUCUCCAUCUCGUCAAAGCCUCACUUCUUCAACCCUUGUACUAAUUCCUCUGCAGCUUGUUGAAUGAAGUUUUCUUAUUAGUAUUUAUCUUUUUUCGGGAUGGCAUAUUGUUCAGUAGGAAGAAGAACACAAGAAAUACGUUAGAAAGGGUAAGAUGGGUAUAGAUGGUCUCUUUUACAAUUCCCACUUAGUUUUUCGGUGGGAUUGUUGGUCUGCGAAAAAAGAAUAAUUUGUAGUUAUUAUUUUAUUUGUAUAAAAGGUAAUAAUAUUCACUCUAAAUUCAUAUUUACUCUCGUAAA